CAGUUCGGGUUCGACGAUCGUUGCUUUGGCUGCGCGCUGCCCAAGUUUAUCUACGAAGGUGUUCGGAUCAUCUAUUUAUUUAUUUUUUAACGAAAAAUUUUUAAGUUUUUUCAAUUUUUUUUUCACCUUCUUGACCGUUGUAUUUGUUUUUUUGUUAUUGUUGUUGUGGUGCUGAUUUCGGUGCAGUGUUAAUUGGUGAAGAUUUUUUUAUUAUUUAUUUUUUUUUUGGUGUACGCGACUCGUGCCUUUGAAUAUACGAUGUGUCGAGUGUUGGUGUAAAAUGCAUAUAUUACGAGAGGUGAUAUUUGUUUAAAAAGUGUUGUGUUUGGUUUUAUUUUCUGUGUGGAGUGGUGUUUUUUUUUUUUUUUUUGCUUUCUUCGUUAUAAUAUUGAAACGUUGAAGAUAUCGCGUUAGUUAUUGUUAUUCGUUGUCCAAUUAAUGUCGUAUUUUUUUUCUCCUAUUAAAGAAGCAUACACGACGUUGUCGCUUUGUUGUGUGAUAUAAUCUGCGAGAUAUUUAUCUGUUGUUGUGGUGUUCGGUCAAACGACGUGAGAAGGCGACGACCACGUCCAGUAUACGUACAUGUGGACGAGUUAUAUGGGACAAUGCAUUUAAUACUCGUAUAAAUUUCCGCAAUACCGGCGAAGAAAAAAAUCCAAUCGAUGCAAAGGUGACGCCGUCAAACGAUGGUGACUCAAAAGUUGAACUUUUACAACAAGUGGUCGAAUAUUUAACCAUAUUCGGAUCUUAUUAUAUGAUCACGAUAUAUAGAUUAAACUAUGCAACAUAGAUAGCGGCUAGACAACGGCCUGACCAUCGAUCUCGCCUCCGGCACGAGGAAAUUUUCACAAAAACCAUGUACCAUAGGCGGUUUAAUGUGAAAGUCAGCCUUUUAGUGACAACCGUGCUGCUUCGACAUUUAAUUCUGAUAUCCGGUGAACAAGUGGUACUGUUGGAUACGGCAACCGAGGCAACUUUGGAAUGGACUCGAUACCCGUUUGGACCGGAAGCAACGACACCAGGGUGGGUGGAAGAAAGUUUUACCAAUUUUGAAAAAGGUAUCAAUUGGCGAUCGUACGUGGUUUGUGAUGUAGCCUAUCAUAACGUCAACAACUGGCUAUGGACGCCUUUUAUCGAAAGAGCUCAAGCGAAUCGUAUCUAUAUCGAGAUCAAAUUCACCAUACGUGAUUGCUCGUUGUUUCCGGGGAACGCGUUAUCCUGCAAAGAGACCUUUUCGUUGCUGUAUUAUGAAUUCGAUGCUGCUACGAGAGAACCACCACCUUGGGAGCCUGAAAGUUAUAAGUUGAUUGGACGUAUCGCGGCCGGAGAAGGACGUUUCAACACUAACAGCGAAGUGAUCAUUAAUACGGAAGUGAAAUCUAUACCAGUUACGAAGAAAGGCGUAUAUUUCGCAUUCCGAGACCAAGGAGCUUGUAUAUCGUUGUUAGCAAUUAAAGUAUAUUACAUCACUUGUCCAGCAGUCACGAUUAAUUUCGCGCAUUUCCCAGCCACACCUACCGGGCGUGAAGUGACUGUGAUCGAGCAAGCCAUUGGACGAUGUGUGGAUAACGCCGAACAAGUCGAUACGCCGAUGUACCUAUGCAAAGGAGAUGGAAAAUGGUAUUUACCUACAGGCGGCUGUAAAUGCAAAGCCGGUUUCGAAGCGGAUUUGGAAAAACAAACUUGUAACGUGUGCCCUCCUGGAAAGUUUAAAUAUGGUACUGGAGAUGAUAGAUGUCAAACGUGUCCACCUAAUAGCAAAGCUCCAGAUUACGGAUUCGCCGAAUGCAGAUGUAAUAAUGGAUUUUAUCGAGCUGCCAAAGAUCCGAAAACUAUGCCUUGCACACAACCGCCUACGGCUCCGCAAAACUUGACCGUGAAUUUUGUAGAACAAGGAACGGUGAUAUUGUCUUGGAAUCCGCCAUCGUAUCUCGGAGGUCGAAAUGACACGUUAUACAGAGUGACAUGCGACGUUUGCGGAGCAUCGGUGAUUUAUAUACCAAAUACGGAGAAAUUCAACGAUACCAAGAUUACGAUUAGUGGUCUCAGUCCACUGACGGCGUAUAAAUUUUUGGUCUUUUCCGAAAAUGGAGUCAGUAAUGUGUCGAACAGUGGACCGGAAUUUAUUGAUAUUACAGUUACCACCGAAGCAUCUACGUCGACUGCGUCUGUGAAUAAUGUACGCGUUACCUCGACCAAGACUUCGGAGAUCGCUUUGGCCUGGGAUCCUCCUUACUUGCCAGAUGUCGAAGGAGAUACGUCUAAUUUCAUCGAAACUUACGAAGUCAAAUGCUUUGUACGAGGAGAUGAUGCCUCAAACGCCAGCAGCAAAUUAACGACAGCUCAGCAUGUUUCGUUCAAUCAACUGCGUCCAAGAACAGAUUACGGAUUUCAAGUUCGAGCCAAAACCUUGCGAGGUUGGGGAGAAUACAGUCCAACUAUUUUCAAGACUACUGCUACGAACCUAGAUACUUCUUUGAUGGGUGGUGGAGGUAACAACGUCGGUGGCAGUAGUAGCAGUAGCAGUAGCAGUACGAGCACAAGCACAGCCGCCGAAGAAGACAGUGUUGAAGUUCGCAUCAUAGCCGGAGCUACAGUAGCCGUUGUUGUGCUUCUUGUAGGAAUUAUCAUCAUGACGGUGGUGUUCUUGCGCAGCCGUGGAAAUGACGAUUGCAAUAAGAAACAUCCGAGCGAUUGCGACACAUUAGAUUAUCGCCAUAUUGACUGUGUUGGUAACACUGCUUGUUUUGUUGGUUAUAGCCGAGGAAGCGAUGACUGCAAUAAAAAACAGCCCAGCGAUUGUGAUACGUUGGAAUAUCGAAAUGGAGAAGGAUUAAUUUUAACCUAUAUGCAUUGUAAAUUGGAUACGUCGAUAAUAACGACUCAUACAAAUGGACUGACGACACCUUUGUUUCCUCAAAACGGUUCGACUACAUCGAGAACGUAUAUCGAUCCUCAUACCUAUGAAGAUCCUAAUCAAGCUGUGAAAGAAUUUGCCCGCGAAAUCGACGCAUCGUAUAUUACAAUCGAAGCAAUAAUUGGUACGUUAGAUCGAAGUUCUAUAUACCUAGGUGGUGGCGAAUUCGGUGACGUGUGUCGUGGUAAACUGAAGCUGACAUCUGAUGGCCGAGCAGAUGUAGAUGUAGCGAUUAAAACGUUAAAACCAGGCAGUAGCGAUAAAGCUCGUAACGAUUUCCUGACCGAGGCUUCGAUCAUGGGCCAGUUCGAGCACCCGAAUGUUAUAUUUUUACAAGGUGUUGUCACCAAGUCAAAUCCCGUUAUGAUAAUUACCGAGUAUAUGGAAAACGGAUCUCUGGAUACGUUUGUUCGGGCGAACGAUGGCCGAUUCCAAAUGGUCCAGUUGGUGGGUAUGUUACGAGGAAUAGCUUCAGGAAUGCAGUACCUGAGCGAAAUGAAUUAUGUACAUAGAGACCUAGCUGCGAGAAAUGUCCUAGUCAAUUCGUUAUUAGUUUGUAAGAUAGCAGAUUUUGGUCUCAGUAGAGAAAUCGAAAGCGCCAAUGAAGGAGCGUAUACCACCAGGGGUGGAAAAAUACCAGUUCGGUGGACAGCACCAGAAGCCAUAGCGUUCCGUAAAUUUACCUCAGCCUCGGACGUCUGGUCUUUCGGUAUAGUUGUCUGGGAAGUACUAUCGUACGGUGAAAGACCGUACUGGAAUUGGAGCAACCAAGAUGUAAUCAAGUCAAUAGAAAAAGGUUACAGAUUACCAGCUCCAAUGGACUGUCCAGAAACAAUGUACCAAUUAAUGUUAGAUUGUUGGCAAAAGGAGCGAACCCACAGGCCACCAUUUUCUACCAUAGUCAAAAACUUAGAUAAGUUAAUUAGGUGUCCGGAAGCACUACGGAGAAUCGUACAAGAUAGAACUGUAAAUCCGCUUUGUCCAGAUACGCCCGACAUGACCAGUUAUAGUUCGGUAGCGGAAUGGCUAAGUUCGAUAAAAAUGAUCAGAUAUCUAGAGAAUUUCGAUCAAGCUGGUAUUACGUCGAUGGAAACGGUAAUCCGGCUCAAUGUACCAGAAUUGAAUUCCAUCGGAAUAAAUUUAGUCAGUCAUCAGAAGAAGAUUAUGAAUAGUAUACAAAUGAUUAGGAAUCAAUUAUCGGCCAAUUUAUCGGAGAGUUUUCUCGUAUAAUGAGGAGUAAAAGUCACCUUCGAGAUGGUAUAGUCAUUAUAUUGAUGAACGAACCAGACCAUGAGGAGAUUCGAUGGGGUAUUAUUUUUUUUAAACUUUUUAUGUAUAAUGGCAAAUGUAUGUGUUGUUAUUCUGUGAUGUGUAUUGUGUAGUUUUUUUUCCUUGCUCGAUUGAGUAUACUCUGGUCGUUUCUCCUUUUUGGGUCUGUGUGUGAUGGAGAAGUCGGGUAAAAUGAAGGGAGAGGAUUGGUGCUUUGAUGGUUCGAUUUUCUGAAAUUUACAUAUCUGUGGCGAGAAAAAAAAAUUGGAAAAGAAAGGAUAAUAUUUUAUUGUCUUGAAAUUGGAGUGAAAAGUUGAAAUGAAUUUGAAGAAGGUGGAGAAGAAUGAGGACAUCGAGUCUUCCAACUGAAUAUAAAUUUUUGAGAAAUUGAUUUCGAAUUUCAGUAUAAAUUACCAAGUCCUUGUCAACGCCCAUCACACUGGUCUCAUUUUUGAAAACGAAAAGAUGAAUUGUUCGAUUAAUAUUAAUUUUUUUUUUUAAUUUGAAACAAAUGUAAAAUAUGUACAAACAAUUCGAAUUGUAAUGUUGUUAUUUUUAUAUUGAUAAGAUACCUUCGCGUUACAUACCAUUCUCUAUUUUGCAUUUAAAAUUUAUUGCCAUUAUUUUUAUGAGAGUAAACUUUCAUUCACACGAAAGGCGGGGAGUGUUGGUAGAAUGAAGAAAAAAAACGAAAAAAAAUACCAAAAAUCACAUUGUUGGCAAAAAAUUAAGCAUUUGGAAAAAAAAUGUCGGCACGUGUGACGAGUUUAUGAUUUUAAAACAAAUAUAUAUGGAAAAAAUUUCGCAUUAAUUUCGCUUGAAUUUUGAAUCAGUUUGGCUUAAGUGGUAAUUUUAUAUUUAGAACGAUUAUUUUUUAAAUUAUUAUUUUCAAUAAACCUCCCUGCUUUGUCUCAUUAUUUUUAACUGUGAUAUAGAUUAUCUUUCAAAUUUAUUUAUUUUUUUUUUAACAAUACGAAAAAAUUACGCGAAUGCGUAAAUUAACGUUUUGUUUUUACCAUUUUAAAAAUAGGAAAUUGUAUAUUGCGUUUGUUACGUUUUUUUUCUUUUUUUGACAUUUUUAUUUUUUUAAUGCUUUUUUUAUAUACGUAGUUAUGUGUAUGUUUUUUUUUUGGUUUUUGAAAGACGUAGCGUUUUAAAAAUGAUCUUCCGUAUUUAAAAGAUUAUUACAACGAAGAAGAAAAUGCCAUUAAUUUUAACGCGGACACUGCCUUUGUUUUAGCCUGGCAUUUGUAGAAAAUUUGUUCCUAUUUAUGUGUACGUAUAUGGUUUUCAUUUUUUAAAUUCCACAUUUUUCAUCGAAUGUGAUGCGCUUUUUAAAAGUGUCUGCAAAAGUUAUCCAAAGUCAAGUUUUUAUGUUAUUUUUAUUUAUUUAUUUUUUUUUUAUUUAAGGGUUGAUUAAUAAAACGUAGCAAUAUAAUCAAAAUAUCAAAUGCGUGUAAUUUUUUCUGUUUUGUAUAUUUUGUAUAUUUGUUCGAUUUUUUUUUUGUCUCAUCUUUUAAGAAAGAUUGUAUCGAUAUAUUUAUUUCGGUUAUUUAAUUUCGAGUCCUAAAAUAACGUUUUGUAUAUUUUAUAUAACAAUUUUAAUAAAAUCUUGUAAUAUUAAAUGUGUGAUGCGUA